UAUGAGUCAAUAGGAUGAAGGAGAGGAGAAACAGGAUGUUGAAUAAGUAGAACCAAUUGAACCUGAAGAGCCAGAUGUGCCACAAGAAGAGUACUAUGCUCCGGAGUCAUUAUAAAUUUAAAAGUUACAUAAUGAUAUUAAAGAGGGAUUAAAGAGAAUUGGUAAAACUGCCAAUUUAAGUGGGUACACAUUUGUGGAAUUAAUAUGUGAAAAUAAGGUACUAAUUUAUUAAAGCAUUUUAGAAAAUAGAUAAGUUGUUUAAUAUAAUGUAGGACUAUGUGCAUUUGAGGAAAAUUAGUUUUGCAAAUAAUCAAUUAUCUGAUGUGAAUAGCUUGUAGACUAUUAAAUACUUAACGAAUUUGAAUUUGUCAUUCAAUCAAAUAACUAAUUUGGAUUGUUUCAAUGUUCCAAACACAUUUGAGUUCUUGGAAGAAUUAAAUUUGGACAAUAAUAAAAUUACAAACUUUGGAUAAAUCAAUGCACCCAGAUUGAAGAAGUUAUCAUUGAAAAAUAAUCUGAUUAAAAGCGCAUAAGGUUUUAAUGGGCAUAAUACACUUGAAAUUCUUGAAUUUAGAAACAAUAAAUUGGAGUCAUUUGAAGGGUAAUCUAGAUAUAAAAUUAUGUUUUAGAUUUUAGAAUUUAUUGAAGCUUAAGCAAAUAUGGGCUGCCCAAAAUGCCAUCGUUUCAAUUGGUCAUUUGACUUAAUUACCUGAAUUGCAUACAUUGCAUUUGAGAGCAAACAAAAUAGUUGUCUUAACAGAUAUUCCGAAUUUGCCAAAAUUACAUCACCUUAAUCUUAGAGCCAACUUAAUCGAAAAAUUAGAUGAAUUUAAUAAUCUUAAAUCAUUGGAGACUCUUAAAUCGAUUACUAUGCAUGAAAAUCCAAUAGCAACUGAAAUGGGGGAUGGAAUCAGAAAGGAAAUCAUAAUGAUACUCCAAUAAAUUGAAAGAGUAAAUAAAGAACCAGUCCCUCCAGAAGAAAAAGCAGAUGCUCUGGCAGAAUUGAAAGAGAGAAUUGCUGCUGCCAUUUAAAAGAAGAAAGAGGAAGAAGAAGAGGCUGCAAGAUUAGCUGAAGAAGCAAGAUUGGCUGAAGAAGCCAGAUUAGCAGAAGAAGCUGCCAAAGCCGCAGAGUUGGCAGCUGAACAAGCUGCUGCUGAAUAAGAGGCAGCAGAUAAAGCAGCUGCAGAAGGAAGGACCAAUUAGCCUAAAGUGGAGUAAGAAGAAGAAGAGGAAGCUUGA